AUUGAAUCUAAUUGUUUUGUGUUAUUAGUGGAAGUAGUAAAUUAUUUAGUUUUAAUUAUUUGUGUUUUAGUUGGAGUAGCUUUUGUAACUUUAUUAGAACGAAAAAUUUUAGGAUAUAUUCAAAUUCGUAAAGGCCCAAAUAAAGUAGGUUAUAUGGGAUUGUUCCAACCAUUUUCUGAUGCUGUGAAACUUUUUAGUAAGGAACAGACUAUACCAAUUAUAUCAAAUUUUAUUAUUUAUUAUUUUUGUCCUAUUUUUAGGUUAUUUUUAUCAUUAUUAGUUUGAAGAGUUUUGCCGUAUGAUGUAGGACUAGUAAGAUUUAAUAUGAGAAUUCUAUUUUUUUUUUGUUGUUUAGGUAUAGGGGUUUAUAGUGUUAUAGUAGCAGGUUGGGCAUCAAAUUGUAAGUAUUCUUUAUUAGGUAGGUUACGAAAAGUGGCCCAAACUAUUUCUUAUGAGGUAAGGUUGGCUUUAAUUUUGCUAUCAUUUAUUGUGCUAUUAGGAGGAUUUAGUUUAGAAUUAUUUAAUAAGUAUCAAAAUUAUAUCUGAUUUAUAUUUUUAUCUUUACCUUUAAGAUUAAUUUGGUUUGCUUCUUGUUUAGCGGAAACUAAUCGAACACCUUUUGAUUUUGCAGAAGGUGAGUCUGAGUUAGUUUCAGGAUUUAAUACAGAAUAUAGGAGAGGGGGAUUUGCUCUAAUUUUUAUGGCAGAAUAUUCUAGAAUUCUCUUUAUGAGAGUUCUUUUUGUUGUUGUGUUCUUAGGGAGAAAUCCUUGUAGUUUAGUAUUUUAUCUAAAAUCAAUAUUCUUAGCAUUUGUUUUUGUAUGAGUUCGAGGUACUUUACCUCGGUUACGAUAUGAUAAAUUAAUAUAUUUAGCUUGAAAGAGUUUUUUACCAGUUUCUAUUAAUUAUUUAUUUUUUUUUAUUGGGGUAAAAUCUUUAUGUUUUGUUCUUAAUUUAUAA